GAAGAUCCACAGGCAGGCGGGCAAUGAUGCUGACAUUUGUGCAACUGUCUGAUCUAUUUAAACCUGCUGUCACUCAUACUGCUGAUAUGUCCCCUUAGUUUUCCCCAACCCUUACCGCGACAUGACCUCUUCACGACCAAAACUCCACGUCAUCAUCAUCGGCGCUGGGAUCAGCGGGCUGGUGCUGGCGCAGUGUCUACGGAAACAGGGGAUUUCGUUUGAGAUCUUUGAGCGGGAUGAGGGUCCUGCGGUGAGGAAGGGGGGGUAUUGUCUUGGUUUGCAUGAUCCAGAAAACCUCUUUGUCAAGUAUCUACCUGACGAUCUCCCUUCAGUGUGGUCGACGUGUCACUUGCUCCCGCUUGAUCUCCCUUCUCAGCUGAUGACCUACCUGCCGAAUGGGAUUGCGUUUAGGGUUCAGGAUGGGGAGGAGACGCCGUGUGUAAGGGUUAGUCGGGCGAAGCUGAGGGAGAUGUUGGGGAGGCAUCUGGAGAUUAGGUGGGGGAGGAAGGCGGUGGGAGUGUGGGAGGAGGGGGAGGGGGUGGUUGUGAGGUUUGAGAGUGAGGAGGUGGUAAGGGGGGGGUUGGUGGUGGGGUGCGAUGGGAUUUUUAGUGGUGUGAGGAAGUGCAUCCCUAAAGGUCUCGAUUGUAUCCAGCUACAACAAUUUCCCGCUGCGGUGGUGGCUGGGGAUGUGGUGCUUGAGGGGGAGGAAGUGAAGCGACAGUUGAGGAAUGGGCACUCGGCUUAUGUUUCUGUUGGGAAGGAGUGGGGGUUGUUUGUUGGGUUGAAUAAGCUGGUAAAUGUCAAGGAUGAUGAAGAGGGGGAUGUGGAGGGGAUGAAGGCGGAGUAUUACUGGAUUUUGAGUCGGUUUGACAAGGAUGUAGCCGAUGAGAAGCAUUGGACGAAGACAAUGACCGAUGAGGAGAAGCUGGCGAUGGCAAAGGAAAAGAUAAAGGAGAUGAGGGAGGAGUUUAGGGUUGUUGUCGAAAAGACAACUGUGGAAGGGCUGAAGAGUUCUUCUUGGUCCAUGUGGUAUUCUGCUGUGCAGGGCGCAGAAGACCUCAGAACAUCGAGGGUUGUACUGAUAGGGGAUGCAGCUCAUCCUAUGACACCCGCGCGCGGAGAGGGCGCCGUCGUAGCGAUACGCGACGCAGUACAACUCAGCAAGGUUCUGGGAACAAUUGACACCUCAGAUGAGGCAUCCCUCAAGUCGACUCUGCAAGACUUUCAGCAAGAUGUCCUUACAAAGGGCUUCGAGGCGAUCCGAGGUGCUCGGGAAGCUUUUGAGGGUGUCUUUCAGAACAGGACACCGAUGGCUUGGGGGUGGGAGAUGGCACCCAUUCGACAGGUCCCGCCUCUCCCUCCGUUGAAACUAAAGAUGGCUUUUUGA